GGCUGCCGUGGUUUCUUACCAUGAGCGCAAUGCUGCACGAGUGCUAGCCUGCAAAGGACUUGAUGAGGCAAAGCCUGUCCAAUUUUAAGGGUAUAUGAGUGCUCUGAGCUGGCAUGUUGGGUGCAUACCUGCAGUUCUGUGUACUGCAGGUUUGGGAGCAAGGAUUGUGUGUGAGUGACGGAAUACUACGUGAAGUAAGUGUGGAGCUGAUUUGGGACGGGGAGAGGAGUGUUUUGGAUUGCAUGUAAGAUAAAGCCUUGGACGGAGGUGUAAAUGAUCUGGAAGUUAGCUUUAGGACACGGUAGCAUCUCGAAACAGCCACUUGCUGUAUGCGUAUUGCCUUGGCUACAUCCUAUACUGUCCUUGAAAGUUAUCCUGGUCUGUCACCAUGCCGCGCGCUCCGGUUUCCCUCCCUUCGCACAUGCAACAGGAGAUUGCAACUCUCCGCGAAACUAGGACGAAUCUGGAGAAGGAGGUAGAGCAGUACUUGGCUAAUAUAGCCGCUGAGAAGAAGUUGCAGGAGGAAAUAGCUGCUGCAAAGGCGGCAGAUGUGGCCCGGUUGGAGGCACUUCUAGCGGAAGCACGUAAAAAUGCUGAGGAUGCAAAGGUACAGCUCGCAAAGGAGAACACAAUGCAUGCCGAAGCGGCAGUCCAAGCAAAGAAAGAUGCCGCUGCUUGGGUGAGGAAGGAACUGAGUGAGGGAGUUGAGAAGAAGGCUCAGGAAAUCAUUUCCAACCUUCAGCGGGAGUCCAAGCGACUGGAAACUCUGUCAGCCGAAGAUGAGAAGAAGGCAGAAUCGACAGAAGUGAAGCAAGCACAGGCAGAGAAGGUUCAAGAGGAUGCAGAGGCCAAGCUUGCGGCAGCGAAGAAGGACGCAGAGACAGCAGGAGUUGGAGAUCCGGAAGCACUGGAGGCCAUGAGAAAUAAGGUGGAGGCAGCAACAGCAGCAGCAAAUGCUGCAGAAGAAGAGAACCUGUCACUGAAGGAAAAGGCGGAAAGAGUGGCAGAGUUAGAGGCAGAGAUCAAGGAUUUGAAACAACGGAUUGCGAGUGCUCCAAAGAUUGAUCCGGUAGAGCUGCAGAAACUACGCGAUAAGAAGAAACGGAUUGAGAGUGUGGAUAUGGAUGAAGUGGAGAGUUUGAGGGAGACGGCAGCGAAACUUCCUGUGUUGGAGGCACGAGUCAAGGAACUCAGGAAAGAGGCAGAGGAAGCCAUGAAAGUCGACACGACUGAGAGAGACUCGCUUCGGGAAAAGGUGGCAAAAGGCCAAGUGCCGUUGCCUGUUCCUCCUCCUGUCAACACUGCACAGCUGAAGGAAAUUGAGGAACUGAAAGAGCAAGUGGAAAAGCUUCCUGCACUGGAAGCAGAAGCCGCAUCACUGAAGAAGCAGAUAGAAGCCAAGAAUGCGUCAAAUGCUGCUGAACUUGAAGAACUGAGAAAGAAGGCACGCGAAAAUGCAGUAGCAGCUGCUGCGGCGAAUGCAGCAGCUGCAGCGGCCUUGGCCCCCCCGCCGACUGAGUCACCAGAGAUUGUGGCACUCCGGACACAGGCGAAGAAGGCAACUGAUUUGGAGGCUGAGAUUGCCGCUAUGAAGCUCCAGGUGGUUAAGUUGACAGGUUUGGAGUUGGAGAAUCAGAGGUUGCGUCAGCAAAUUGCCUCAAGGCCACCACCCGCAGCGUACACGCCUCCACCUCCUCCAGGAUACGGUGGUUAUCCGCCUCAUCCACCGCCAGCAGGGCAGUGGUACUAGGUGUCGAAUUAUGACAAUAUGACCAAAUGCAGUUGAAGAUCUGUACAAGGGAGUCCAUGGGCUGAGGGAUGCAACCCAGCGACCGCCAGGAGUAGUGUGCUUCUAGGUGUUGAAUCAUGACAGGAUGACGACAUACACCUGAAUAUCUGUACGUUGGGGGAGUUCGUGGGCGGAGGGACUGGCAGCUUGCCAAGCAGGGAAAUCAUUGGCAACCAGCACCAUCCUGACGCAGGCUGCCCAUGGAAGCAGGUACAUCGUAAAUGUAUGCUGCUCGUCACAGUUCACUGCGAUUUGGGGAACAGUGACAGUGGGCCUGGUAGUCUUAGCACGUGGCACAAGCUUGGAGCACGGCUGUCUGUCUUGGUUUCUGCUGUGGUGAAGAUGAGAUCGGUUCAUGCUGUCAUGAUGUCACUUAUGAAACAUACAUACGUCAUCAGCUUGAUUAUGGUCGUGCUUGAGCUGAUUUCUGUUGACUACCGGGGUGAGACAACUGUAGAUUCUUCUUUUCCUGCAGGAUAGGAGUCGCCGCACCACAGGAGUCUUUACUGUUGGUCCUUGUGUCUGCAGGAUGCCUAUAGUUCUGUUGAUUAACCAUGCGCAGGGUUGCGUGCACAUCUUGGGGAUAUACGGACACUUUUCCCAGUGCUGCUUUGACUCGUUAAGAGAUUAGCAGCUGAGCCCCUCUUGUUUGUAGAUCAUCGAUUGUUGCACAGAGAAGGAAGCACAGUGAAAAGGCUUUCCUCAUAAGAUACUGCAAUGGACAGACAUAGCUGAUCAAGAUCUUAGAAGGAGCAUCUAUCUAGGCUGAUGGCAAGGUCAACUAAGUGAAGAUAGAAGACGAAAACCCAGAGGUCUUCUGAGAGAGGUCUGGCUUGCAUGUGUGCAUGCUGAGGAACCACGGAGCGCCUAAGGCGUCUUCAUGGCACAAGGACGACUUGGCGUUCGUGCAGCGGGUGGUUGGUUGCGCAGCGAUGCGCCGGCCCCAGCGCACAGUGCUCCUCAGUAUACUUUCUGUUCACAAGUUCCAAGCAUCCCCAGUUUGCAAGCACACAGCUUUCCCUAUUCUCAAGUGAACCAUGGUCCUGUUCUGAAGAGGACAGUGGCCCCAUUCCAGAGUGCAGAGGUGUCCAUUUCGCGAGUGUGCAAUAUUCCCAGUUCCACGUGUGGAGUUCCCCCAUUUCUACCUAAGCGCGGAGUGGUUUGGUUCUGGACUGCAGAGUGACCUAGGAACUCUUAAGACUUGGAGUGGGCUGUCUAAGACGUGGAGUGCCCGUAGGUGUGUUGCGAAAGGACUGCAGAUUCGUGUUUUGUGCCCUCGAUGGUCCAGCAAGCAAGCGGUUCAGGUAUAAAUUGGCGGACAUCUAGGGAAAGAAAUGUGUGAAGAGGGAGAAAGAGAGACCUGUGUGAAGAAGGAGAAAGAGAGAAAUGUGUGAAAAGGGAGAAAGAGAGAAAUGUGUGAAGAUGGAGGUGGUCUUGAAGCCUUAGCCUGCGGGAGCUGAUUGGGAGCACUGGUGGCAAGUAGGGGACCGUUCUCGUGCACCCACAACUCGUCAGCAGACUCCUUUUUUUUGUUAAAAUGUGAACCUGCACAAGAAUGAUGGUGCUUAGUAGAGUGAUUGUGAAUAUCGAUCUGGGUUUUGGUGGUGCAUUAGGUGCGGUUUUGUCGUUCACGCUUGGCUGCAGCAUGGUGUGCAGCCUCCUGUUCUGUUUGCCUUCUUUUUCUCCCUGAAGUUUUGCUACCCAGUAGAUUGGCUUGGCUGACAUGGUGACGUGGUGUACGUCGAGACGGCGAUUGCCGAUCAGGAAGUCUGUCCCAAGCUAGCUCUUGCUCUUCCGAGGGGUGAAGUGCCACCGAUUUCAGUGUUGAACUUCGGAAGUGUCUCUUUUUUUACGUAUUGUGUGAUCCCGCUUGGGAUUUUGACAUGUGCGGCAAAAGCCCCAUUGAGGCUAUGUUCAUGCUUAGAAGGCUUGAACCUAGCUGUAAUAGCGGGCAAGUUUGAAACUUUGUGCUUUCUUGCCAUGAAGAUAGCACCCGUGGGGUCUGGCCACCAGAAGACCAUUCUGGAGCGUUUUACGGCCGCUCCUUGUAUCACCACAAUGGUAGUCGGAACAAUGUGGGCUUUGGUUCUUACUAUAUCUUUGUUGGCUCCACUACGCGUGGUAAUUUUUGUCGCGAGUUGGCACAGUUCACAGUGACAGGCAUCUAAUGAAGUGGUAGCUGUGUUGCCUUGUGCCUUUCAUUAUUACGGCGGAAAUCAUCGCAUCUACAUUGCUGGCGUGCGACUUUGUCCUUAUUAUCAAUCAAAUAAAGAUUCUGUUUUCAUUCCUGUUUUUUUGGUCCUUUAAAAUUCUUUCUGGCAAUGCAUUUGCUGGGUUUUUGUAGUUUUGAGUUCUUUUAAUUCAGGGAUGAGCAAUUGCUUGAGUGCGACGGCCUUGAGAUGUCAUCUUCAAGCUGACUGGUCCGGGGUAAAUCCAGAGAUGUAUACUCGUUUGAGUUGAGUGGGAUUGGAACUGAGGUCUGUAUUUACGCAGUUCAUUCGUGUACCGACGGAGCACAGCCCGUUGCUCGACUUCCUGGGAUCAACUGCAACCCCAUUUGAUUUCCCCUGUCCCUGCACUGCUAUCUAAUUUGUUUGCUUAACGAGUUGUUCAACAACUAACGUCAUCAUCAUUAAUCAAAGUUAUUAGCGUUU